UGAACAUCCCUUCCAUAGAUGUAUUUAUGUAUAAAAGCUUGAUGUCGCGUCCGAACAUGGCGGCCAUCUUGGUACAGGCAGCUCGCUCAUAACAUUGUGUUGCUUGUGAUACAUGUACUUUUUAAAUAACCAUAACGUGCUCAAUUUUCAACCAAUUUGUAAACUGUUUGGUUUGUUAUGAAAGUCAGAUGUAGUUAACACAUUUAUCAUAAUUUAAGUCAUAAUUACUGAACACUGAACAUUAAGACCUGGAGAUUCACACCUGGACGUGAAGGGGAUGAACCAGGAAGAGACACUUUGAAGGAGAAGCCAAUGACAUCCACUGCACCCAAAAGACGGCCCCCGGGAGGUUUCAAAGGACCAAACCGGGAGAAGAACUGGUAGAAUAUACCGGCAGCCGCUUUGAUAAGUUUUUAACCUGUGUGUCCCCUCCUCCACGUCUACCGGUACCGUCACCCGGUGUGCUCCGUCAUGUCGGGGACGCAACUGCUCAGACUGCGGCUCAACGAGCGACUGGCUGCGGCCGUUGAGGAGAUCUUGGGGCUCGUGGAAAAGAAGAUGGAGGAGUAUGAGGAAGAAGCUAUACGCGCCAAGACAGAAAUCACCCAGCUGAAGCAGCAGAUCGAACAUCUGACCGAUUUAAAACCAGAAGUCACUUCAUUCAGAGCAGACGCCCAGUUGGUCUUUGAGGUUCUGCCAUCGCAAUAUCCAGACCCACCUCCCAAUGCCGUGGAAAAUGUGACCUGUGACCUUCAGUGGAUCAAAAAGGAGCCGCUGGAUCAGUGGAUCAAACCAGAAGUGGAGGCUGAUGCUUCAAACGAGGCCGAGGUCAGACUAGAACCAGACAUCAACGAUGAGCCCAUCCCAUCGUCUCCAGCCGGAACCGUGAGCACGAACGAAAGAGACCGUUCAUCUUUACCUCUUCAGCAGGUGGAUCGAUGCAUCGUUCCAGACUCUCAGGAGGAUUUAAAAGUCCGACUUCCUGCUCACACACACUUUCAUUCGGUCCUAUCUCUCAGUACCGUGACAUUGGCCAAGGACAGCAAGUGGAACAGGAGCUCCGGUACCUCCUCUUGUGGUCACGCAACGGCCGAUCACAUGGAGCGGGAACACGCCCCAACGGGCGGCACAACCUUACGUUUCUGCGGAAAGGUCAGCAGCAACUCCGAUCUGAUCACACACACCAACAGCCACCGUGGCAGGAAGUCCUUCAAGUGCUCAGAGUGCAGCAGGUGCUUCACCAACCAUGGCCACAUCGUCACGCACAUGAGAAUCCACACGGGCGAGAAGCCGCUCAGGUGUUCCUUCUGCCCGAGGUCCUUUGCACAGGUCUCAAAUCUCAACGUGCACCUGAGGACGCAGACGGGGGAGAAGCCGUACUUCUGCAGAGCGUGUGGCAAGAUGGUGACCCACAGCAAUCAUCUCAAAGCCUGCGGCAAGAAGAAAUAUUUUAAACUAUAAUGUCUUAAUACUGUAAUGUUAAAAUUUGUAUAAAUGUAAAAGUAACUAAAAACACUCGAGUUAAGUAAUUGUACUUACUUUCUUUCCACCAACGCAUACCUUGUUGGAGGCUUAAACAAAAGAGGUGCAGGAUCCAUUCUCUCCACCAGGAGGUGGUAUUGCCAGUAAAAAAAAAGAUCGUCUAUUUUAAAGUGGUCCCUUUUCUGGUCAGUAAAACACGUAGUGUUUUCAGUACUCUGUCAAACAAGUCCGCCUAGAUGUAAUCCUGCAGUGGCUUCAAAAUAAGAGCCACAAAGGUGAUAAGAUAUGCUACGUUAAUUUAAUAAUUAAGUCAAUGACUAUAUCAUACAUUUUUAAUAAGUCUAACAAUGAAUGAACGCCAAAUGAUAUAUUUAAUGUCAUUAACCUGUAGUGAAAUUAUUUAUUUAAUUUAUAAUACCGCUCUUUUCAAAUCUAAUCCGAAAUUAUAAGUAAUCCGAUUCACCAAUGAGAUUUUAGUUAUUUUAUUCUGAAAUUCUACAUAGGAAUGUCCUGAUAUUUUCUGAGAUGGUCUGCCAUUGAUACAAAACGGAAUUGGAAUAUUUGUGAAACAUUGAGGUUUCUCAGGAUGUCGCCCAGAAUUUAACUAACAGCAUCCAUGGGUGAAUAAAAAAGGGGUCAACACUGCAAACGGACUCUGACUAAAUGUAAUGUAAGCUUGUAAUUAUUAUUCAAUAUAGCCCAACGAUUUAGGACCAAAAUGCCCAAAUCUACUGAGUUCGUAACUUUGUGUCCUUCUCAAUAAAUGUGGGUGUAGUGUACUACGGUCAUUUUUAAAUCGUGUCAUAAUUAUUGUGUAUAAUUUCUCGUUAAUUCAUUGAUCCUGGCUCUUGUUUUGAAGUCGGCUCUUACCGGCCUUCACCGCAGUCAGAAAGGUGACGCAGUGAGAGGUCUCUACGUUUUGUUUUUGUUUACAUAUCUCUGCUACCGGAGAACGGAGCCGGAGGAUGGAGAGCCGGCGCUGCGGCACAAGAGAGUAACGAGACGUCCAAGGGUCGCGGUGCCGGUGCACGAGGCCCUCAGGUGCUGCUAGGAGAACCCAUGGAGCCAGGUGUUGCGCCCUUUCACUCCUCCUCCCCACCGCCACUAAACGACGGCGGCGAGGAGGAGGCGGAGGAGGCGGGAUCAUCGGAGCAGGACGAGGAGUUUGGGGACUUUGGGGGGUUCUCCGUCGCGGCGUCCCGCUCUCAUCCCGUCUAUCCCGACCCGACUGAUUCACCAUCCAGCCUCAGGCGGCCGCGUGCCACCUCAAAGCCGGCCGCCCGUCAACCUAGCGGCGGCGUCAAUCUCCCAGUGGAACAGUCCCAACCCAGAUGCGCGGUGGAUCGCAACGCAGCCUCCCGCGUGCGCCUCACAAACGGGUUCUUUGGGGGAGACCCCGGCUCUGGGGCCCACUCAGCGGUGGGGGCAUGCUCUCCCAGAGAAGAAACCGGAUUUGCUGAUUUCACGGUGUUUGCAGAGCAGGCGGCGCAUCCCUGGUGCUGCGGCUUCAGUCCCGCGGGGGGCAAAGAGCGCUGGGACGCCCGCGGGCGCCGCUCCACCAGCAGCCCUGCCGAACCGAUCCGAGGUCCGGUUUGCACUAAGGUCGAGCACUGUGAGAAAAGAGCUGCAGCACUCGGGAGACCGCCUCAGGAAGCUCUGGACUUUCCACUCAAGGAGCUCCUCGGUGCGGGGGGGGGCGGGAGGGACGGCUUCAGUUCUUCACAAAGCGCAGAGAUGGACGGAGGGAGAGGAACUGCUUCAGAGGACGCGGAGUCCCUCUCUGACGACCUGUCCUUUGAGUGUCCUUCGGCGGACCUGGAACCAAACGUCUCGUCUCUCGUUUCCCAAGAGGACCGGAGCGACUGGGACCAGACGGACGAGGACGGGGACGAGCUGGAAGACGACGGGCGCCGUGACUCCCCCGGCAGCGCGGCGCCUCUCCGGCAGUCUGAGGCCGUGAGAGGUUUUCAUCACUGUGACACAUCCGCAACUCAGGAAACCUGCGCUGCCUCCACCCGGCCUCCGUCUCCGGACUGCGGCCCGGAGCGCCGCGGGGACGCAGGGUGUCUCGGUGCGGCAGGAAACCUUCCGCCGAGCGACAGUUUCGCCGAUUUCUGCUCGGCGCCCACGCGGGAGGACGAGGAGAGGCCGUGGGCCGCGUUCAAUGACCACAGGGCUCUGGAGGAGAACCCUGGGACGCGGUCCAGAGAGCCAGUCGGCAUCCUGCAGGACAGGGAGGGGGUCUACGGGAGCAACCGCUGUCAGGCGUCACUGUCCUGCCGCGUCCACCAGCUUCUCCUGGACAGCUUUCCAGAGGUAAACGUCCCAGCUGUGGUGGGCGAGGAGGAAGUGCUCGCCCUCUGUGCCCUGCUUCACGCCCAACUCCUCCCGGAGGAGGAGGAGGAGGAGGAGGAAGAGAAGAUACCUGAAUUCUGCCCCACAUCCCAGUGGACUCGGCGGCGGGUGUGGCGUCCUCAUCAGGACCUCCACGAUGCAGUCGGCCUCCGCUUUCAGUGGGGGGGCUCCCACACCCACAGGACGCUGCUCCGGUGCCUCGGGGUGCAGACGAGGAACAUCGUUUUCAUCGGCACGAAAAAGCAGCCGGUAGCUGAGCCUGCUUUAUCCUCCAGUCUGGGACUGCUGGAGCCCACCAAAGACUGUCCAGGCCCUGCAGGGGGCUCCUCCCCGGCGCCUCAGGAGACCUCGACAGAUCCAACGCAGGAGGAACUUCCUUCCAGCCAGCUGGGCUGCAGCAUCAACCGCUCUGCUCUCAACAUGGACUAUUUUGGUCCUGAGGAGAAGAGCACAACCUCCAACAGUCCUCCUCCAGGAGUCGACCGCCAGCUGGAACCCGGGGGCCUGGUGCAGGACACUUCAGACCCUUUGGACUGCCUGAGGUCCACCACAGAGCCAACCAGCACGUCAGUCAGGUCAGUUUGUACUUUGGAUCUUCUUCCAGGGCUCAUGCAUAACUUGUGUGUGUGUGUUCCGGUGGUCAGGAGGCCUCAGCAGGACGAGCAGGAGCUCGGUCAGGAGGCCCUCACCCUCAUCGCCGCGCUGCCGAGCCUGUCCUUCAUGCAGGCCAGGGGGCGUCGUCCUGCCCAAACUAGCAGGCCAGGCUCAAUCCAGGGGAAAUGAAAUGACAAAGGUCUAAUCGACUGUCAGAGAAACGUUGUCACUCGGGGUCAUCGCCUUAAACAGCUGAUCGGAGACCAGACAAACUUGACGCAAAGUGCAAACAGGCGAGGUCUCGGACUGGAUGGAGUUGCCAGGGAAACAUUAGCGAGACGGAAGAGGACGAUCCACCUCUGUUGCCUUGGAGGACUUCUUGCAAUUUAAACCCGACUGGAUUUCCUGUCGGCACCUCUCUCUGCAGUGGAGGCAGGUGUUUACCUGCACAGUCGUGACAGACUUGAGGUCAGAUGAACCCAUAUUUGUCAGUUAAUGCAGGAAUAUAAUGCUGCAGAAAUAAUAAACAGUGAGUUGAUCUUGCUGCUUUGGGGGAAACGCUCCACCUUCCAGCUGGAUUCAGUCCUACAUUAAAAAAAAGUAAGCUCUGUGUGACAAGAUAAGAGACCCUUCUGUGUGUCAGCUCAUGCAUUAAUUCUACUGAUCAAUCUGCAAAGAAAGGUUUUAAUAUUGUUCAACACCAAGUAUCUUAAAGCUCGAGAAUAAAGCAGUUUAAGUGGCUUCAGGAGGCCUCUAUUAUUAGACAAUCACUGUUGUUUAUGUCAGUCCCUUAUUGCCAUUUUGAUGCACAUUUAGACCUCUUUAUUCAGAUUAGCAUUUAAAUGCCUUACUAAUGAUGCUGCAGAUUAUUAUUCCCACCAUCGUAUUUGGCUUUAUUCAUGGUUCAGUCAGAAUUAGGUUAAUUUCCAAGUUGGUUUUCACAUACAAGAAAUUCACAUUACAAACAUAUGUGUAAAUCAUCAGUUGCACGAGAAUAAUAAUCAUCUUGAUUAUUGUGCCUGCUUUUAAGAGCUAACUGCUUAGGAAAUAAGAGAUACUUUUAGACUUUGCACUGUUUUUAGUUUUUUAUGU